GAGCGGAUAAAGGGAGACCAAGCCAAUCAAACGCAGUUUAGGGCGUGUCCUGAGGAAAGUGGCAAGUUUGAAAACUGGAUAAACAGACAUUUGAAAAGACUUCUGCCGAGGUUACAAACCGUAAAACCAUGGAGGAAGAGGAACACACUGACCGUGAGCAGCAGCGUGCCAUGUUUUUUAGAAAACUAGACAAAUUAAAGAAGAAUCUUAACGAAGAUGACACUGACAAUAUUAACCAGGUCAUUGGUUCAAAUUCUCCUGAAUCUUGCCUGACAUUCCUACUGGACCUGGAGAAAAAGAGUGACCCCAAUUUGGACCAUAACCAUCUUACCCGACUGCUGGAUUUUCAUACCAGGGUGUUCUCUAGUUUACCAAUGCGAAAGCACUGUCUAAAUGAAAGCUAUGCAAGAUUGCUGGUUAGGUAUGCCGAGCUGGAAGCAAUACAAGAUGUCAAUGAAGCAGAAGCCCAUUUCAUUGUGGCAACAUCUCACAGCCAGAACUUUGCGUUUGUCCACAUUGCUUAUGCAAACUUUGAACACGCUCAAGGCAACACAAGGAAAUCCAUUAACAUUUUGCUAAAAGCUAUGGAACUGAAUGCAAAACCCAAAGACUUGCUGGCUCUUGUGCUAAAGAAACUUCAAAAAACAACAGUGGAUAAAGAAAACCUCCAAGUGAAUACUUUCAAUGAACCUGUUCAACGUGGCUCUGAAUAUGAAAAAAUGGGCAGCAAAUCAGACGGUACAGGAGAAUUUCAGCUGUCCAGUAAUUUGGGUUCAGGGACAGAAUAUUCCUGCCCAUCAUCAGAUGAUCAACAUCCUGGGUGGAGGUCAGGCUCUCACCACAAGAGAACUGGUCUUGGCUUGCCAGGGAGAGUCCCUAUCAUUCCUUAUCCUAUCGCUGAGCUGGGCAGUGAUGAUGGCGAAGGGAAUUCUUCAAGGAAAAGUGAUGCAUUCAUCCCAAACAGCUUGUCAAGGCAAACUUCUGGUUCGAGUUCCAGUGCCAUGGGUACCCUAACAUCUGCCAAAAAAUUUACAGUAGGCGGAGAUUUCCUGAACUUCAAACGCCCUGAUGUGAGUCCAGAGAUGCAGUGUUGGAAAGACCAGGCCUCAGUGGACUCCACCCCCCCCUUCCACAGACAGGGGCGCGGCAACGGGUCAAGAAUGGAAGACAUCACAUUGACUUUUAAUCAGAUGGUCAGCUCAAAUUCUCCAAAAUCCUGUUGGGAUUAUUUGCUGAAACUGGAGAAGACUGGCAACCCACAGACAGACCGCACGCUCCUGACUCAACUCAAGGACUGCUAUGCUAAAGUAUUCUCCAGACUGCCAAUUGAACAGUACACCAAGAACGAGAGCUAUGCCAAGAUACUAGUCAGAUAUGCAGAACUCAAGGGGAUUGAAGACUCAGAUGACGCAAAGGACCAUUUCAUAGUUGCAAGAUCCAACUGCAAAUACUUUGCCUUUGUUCACAUCGCACAUGCACAGUUUGAAGCCUCUCAAGGCAACAUCAAAAAAGCAACAUCAAUUCUGUCGAACGCCCAGGCACUAAACGCAAAGCCACCCAGGCUUCUUGAGUUGGCGCUGCAAAACCUUAAGGCCGGGGCAAAGAGGCUCGUACCAAAAGAAGAAGAGGACGAACAGUCCCCGGUUGGGGUCCAGUUCCAGAGUCAGGGUCUAUCAGGUUUUAUACCUCGACCGCUGGACUCCAUCCCCAUACCCGCCCUCCAUGUUCCCAUACCCGCCCUCCAUGUUCCCAUACCCGCCCUCCAUGUUCCCAUACCCGCCCUCCAUGUUCCCAUACCCGCCCUCCAUGUUCCAAUACCCGCCCUCCAUGUUCCCACACCUGUCCUCCCUAUUCCCACACCUGUCCUCCCUAUUCCCACACCUGUCCUCCCUAUUCCCACACCUUUCCUCCCUAUUCCCACACCUGUCCUCCCUAUCCCCACGCCUACCCUCCCUAUCCCAUCCAGAAUACACCCAUCCAUGGUCUGGCAGACUCCCAAUAACCAGAGGGAGCCCUAUGCAAACAGCUUUGUCACUCCUAGUGUAAGGAAGGACCCACCUGAUGUGGCUUUCUCAGCAUCGCAGAGUGCAUGCGCGGCCCGACCACCCUCCACCCCUGUAAACCAGGUGUCAUAUUCACACAUCCAACAGAAUGUCAUGAAGGCUCUAUCAAACGAAUCAAUCACCAUUAAAGGCAAAGAGUACUUCAUCCUAAAGAUGAUUGGCCAAGGUGGAUCCAGCAAGGUUUACCAGGUCCUGGACCACAAGAAGCAGUUGUACGCAGUGAAGUGUGUGAACCUUGAGGAGGCUGACCCCCAGACCGUGGAGAGCUACAAGAAUGAGAUUGAGCAUCUGAUGCGCCUACAGCAGUUCAGUGACCAAAUCAUCAAGCUGUAUGACUAUGAAAUAACCGACCGCUACAUCUACAUGCUGAUGGAGUGUGGGAACCUGGACCUGAACACUUGGCUACGGAACCGCAAGAAGGUCCUCCCGCUGGAGAGGAAGUUCUACUGGAAGAACAUGCUGGAGGCGGUCCACACCAUCCACAGCCACGGAAUCAUCCACAGUGACUUGAAGCCUGCCAAUUUUGUCAUUGUGAACGCCUCCCUGAAGCUGAUUGACUUUGGCAUCGCCAACAGCAUCCAACCAGAUGUAACAAGCAUCAUGAAGGACUCUCAAGUAGGAACCCUGAACUACAUGCCCCCUGAAGCGAUUAAAGAUACGUCAUCCCAACCUGGGAAAGCCAGCUCUAAGAUCAGUCCGAAAGGUGAUGUGUGGUCACUUGGCUGCAUACUGUACUGCAUGACCUAUAGACGCACCCCUUUCCAAAGUAUAACCAAUCAGAUCGCCAAGCUGCAAGCCAUCAUUGAUCCCUCUCACAAGAUUGAAUUUCCUGACAUUGCGGAGCGGGAUCUGCUGGACGUGUUGAAGAGAUGCUUGGUUCGUAACCCAAGGGAGCGGAUCUCUAUUGCGGAGCUUCUGGAGCAUGCAUACCUGCAGCUUGAUUCCCAGCCGUCACCUGAGACAAGACUUCCGAAUAGUGAUUUGGAAAGAAUCCUGACGGAACUGGCAGCACUCAACUCUCCCAACAGCAUUGUCAGAGCUGCUAAUAACCUGGCAAAGAUGUGCAACAGUGGCAGAAGGCUGGACGUGGCCGAGUGUGUAAAGUCAUCCAGCCAACUAUCUUGGAAGAUGUGAUAUUUUUUGGUGCACUUUUCUUUUUUUUUCUACUUAGCUCAUUCUCUGUAAAUUUAUAUCAAAGACAUUAUAUCUAGUAGGUUGCGUUUCUAACGUCCAUUUUUUUUCAUUUCUUUUUUUCAUUGAUAUAACUUUUCUGCUCUUAACUUUUUUACCUUCUUCCUCCUCAUUGCUGCAAAGUAUAGUUCCAACUUACCAUAAUGUAUUCAGCCCGCACUAUUUCUUCAAAUUAUUCAAAACGGAAAGUUUUCUUACAUCCUGUGAUAAGUAACCACAUAUUUAAAUAAACAUACUUUGUUUAUUUUAUUUGCCGAUUUUCUAAAGUGAAAUUGAAUGCACAUAGUAUCAGUGUAUUUCUAAAUGGAAGUGUUUGAUUAAACUACACAUUUUAUUUUUAUUUUGUGAUGUAUAAAUAAACGCUAAUAUUUUCUCAGUUCAAAAGCUAAGUAAGGCAAGGCAAGGCAACUUUAUUUAUAUAGCACUUUUCAUACACAAGGCAGACUCAAAGUGCUUCACAUAUAAACAUUGUCAUACAAUAAAAUAAAAUAAUAGAUAAGUAAAAGAAAACAUAAUAUGCAAAGAAAUGGGUAAAAUAGAAAGUUAAAAAGGCAUUUUAAUAUUAGAAAAUAAAGGCAAAGUUAAAAAAAAGCUUUUUAGAAAGUGCAAUGUAUUUAAGAUUUAGCAGAAAGCUAAAGCAUUCAUAAAAGUCUUCAGUCUUGUUUUAAAGGUGCACAGAGUUGGGGCAAAUCCUCUGGGAGUUUAUUCCAGCUAUUUGUUGCAUAGUAACUAAAUCCUGCUUUCCCAUGUUUCGUGUUUACUCUGGGAAUAAUUAACAGAUUGGUCUCCGAGGAUCUUAGUGGUCUAGAAUGCUUAUGUAGUGGAAGCAUAUCAGUUAAAUAUUUUGGGCCUAAACCAUGUAGGGAUUUGUAGGUUAGCAACAUGAUUUUAAAAUCAAUUCUCUGACCUACAGGAAGCCAAUGUAACGAUUUCAGAAUUGGUGUAAUAUGUUCAAAUUUUUUGGUCUUUGUUAGAACUCUAGCAGCAGCAUUCUGAACAAGCUGAAGCUUCCUCAGUUUGUUUUGGGAGACCUGUAAGGAGACCAUUGCAGUAAUCAAGCUUACUAGUGAUAAAGGCAUGUACACGUUUUUGUAAGUAAAUGCACAAUGUUGAAAGAAGCCAA